AUGCCAGCCGACAAUCACAGCAUUUUAGGCCCUGCCACCUUCAUCCUGACUGGCAUCCCCGGUACGGAGGAGUCUCAAGUCUGGACUGCCGUCCCCUUCUGUCUGAUGUACGUUGCGGCGCUUCUGGGGAACUCUCUCCUCCUGUUCAUCAUAGCGACAGAGCGAAGCCUCCAUGAGCCCAUGUACCUUUUCCUCUCCAUGCUGGCCACUGCUGAUCUGCUGUUGUCAACGAGUACAGUGCCCAAGAUGCUGGCCGUGUUCUGGUUCAGAGCAGGGGAAAUUUCUUUUGCUGCCUGCCUCACCCAGAUGUUCUUCAUGCAUGUCAGUCUUACCGCCGAGUCGGGCAUCCUGGUGGCCAUGGCGUUUGAUCGGUACAUUGCCAUCUGCAACCCCCUGAGAUACACCACCCUGCUCACCAAGCCUGUGAUCGGGAAGAUCGGGCUGGCGGUUCUCACAAGGAGCGUCGGCGUCUUUUUUCCUUACGUCUUUCUCCUGAAACGGCUGAAAUUUUGCACAACCAACCUCCUGCCUCACACCUACUGCCAGGAAUGGGCCAUCGCCCGGCUGGCCUGUGACGAUGUCACAGUCAAUUUCUGGUAUGGUGUAGCUGUGGCUAUUUUAGCAAUUGGCUUGGAUGCUGUGCUCAUUUCUGUGUCUUACAUGCUGAUCCUCCAGGCCGUCUUCCGACUGCCCGUUAAGGACGCCCGGCUCAGGGCUCUGCACACCUGUAGCUCCCACGUCUGUGUCAUCCUGAUAUUCUACAUCUCAUCUUUGUUCUCCUAUUUUGCACACGAAUUUGGGCACAUUGUCCCCGGUUCUAUUCUCAAUCUUCUGGCCAACAGCCAUGUGCUCGUUCCCCCCAUGCUAAACCCUGUCAUUUAUGGGGUGACCACAAACAAGAUCCUGAAAUGUUUAAUCAAGGUGUUUAAUCCGUGGUGCAGCAAAAGCUUCCUGCAGAGCUAA